GUUUUCGUUCUACUCAUUUAACCGACUGUUGCUUAGAUUAUUUUGAAAGGCCUUUCUUCCGUUGCAGCCCUUGUUUGAUCCAGAGAAUCCGUAGGAAAACGAUAUGAUAAUUCAGAAUCCACCUUGUAAUUUCUUAUUUUCUUCUUCAUUUUCUCAGAAACCAAACAGGUCUCUCUGCGGUCCUACCUAAUUAUUAUAACCUCACCAACACUGUUUCGUUUGUCGUCUACUUCACAAGUUCCAGCCGGCGCUUUUGCUCUCUUUUUUUUUUGGGAGAAAUUAAAAGCGCUUUUGCUCUCUUGACCUCACUUGUUUGGACUUUCUCUCGAUUUUAUGCUUUAAGUUGCGAUUUCACGAUCACUUGAAUUUCGUUUCUUGUAGCAAUGGACUCUCUUGCUGAAGAGACUCCAUUGGUUGUUGAUAAUAGCUCGCUAAUUCGAACUCCGAAGAACAACACGCGAGAUAUUCAUAUCUUGAGUUGUGCGUUUCUGUUGAUAUUUCUGGCUUAUGGAGCUGCUCAGAAUUUACAGACAACUGUUAACACUGAAGGGAAUUUGGGGACAAUUUCGCUUGGGAUAUUGUACGUCUCUUUCACAAUUUUCUCAUUAUUUGCGUCCUUGGUGGUUCGAUUAUUGGGUUCUAAGAACGCUAUCGUACUGGGGACUACUGGAUACUGGUUGUUCGUGGCUGCAAAUUUGAAGCCAUCAUGGUAUACAAUGGUGCCAGCUUCUGUGUAUCUUGGCUUUGCUGCUUCAAUAAUAUGGGUUGGACAGGGGACAUAUCUCACUUCCACUGCACACAGACAUGCAAGAGAUCGCAACUUGCAGGAAGGAACGGUAAUUGGCAAAUUCAAUGGAGAAUUCUGGGGAUUUUUUGCUAGCCACCAGCUAGUUGGGAAUCUUAUCUCACUUGCAUUGCUGAGGAAUGGAUCGGGGGGAACUACUAGUGGCACAACUUUACUGUUUAUUGUGUUCCUUAUCAGUAUGACAUUAGGCACUAUCCUUAUGUGCUUCUUACACAAAGAUGAUGGUAAAGGAGAAAAGGGAUCAGCAGAUGCUCCUGUUAACUUUUAUUCCUAUGUUUUAUCUUUAUCAAAGUCAGUCAUCACUCCUCUGUUUGACAUAAGGAUGAUCCUCAUCAUUCCCCUUAUUGCAUAUUCAGGAUUACAACAAGCAUUUGUAUGGGCUGAAUUUACCAAGGAGAUUGUAACUCCAACACUUGGUGCCCCUGGUGUGGGAGGUGCAAUGGCAAUGUAUGGAGCUUUUGAUGCAUUGUGUUCACUGGCUGCUGGUCGACUUACCUCUGGUCUUUCAUCAAUCACUUACAUAGUUUUUGGUGGAGCUUUGGUUCAGGCUGUUGUAUUCCUGUGGCUUCUGUUAAAAUACAGUGUAACAGGUGGAGUACUUGGCAUUGUAUACCCACUUCUCAUGGCUGCUAUAUUGGGAAUUGGUGAUGGAGUGCUUAAUACACAGCUCAGUGCUUUGCUUGGAAUACUCUUCAAGCAUGAUAUGGAAGGAUCAUUUGCACAGUUGAAGGUCUGGCAGAGUGCUUCCAUUGCAGUUGUGUUCUUUAUAAACCCAUACAUCUCAUUGCAGACUAUGCUGAUUAUUAUGCUUGCUGCAAUUGGUUUGUCACUGGCUGGGGUUCUUUUUCUUACUAUUAAGGUGGAAAAAGCAUUUUUCUCUUCCCGUUCGUGAUAUUUAGCAAGUCGAACUGUAAUGGAUGUUGCCUCGAGAAUUCAUCUCACAUACAUUGUUGCCAUGCUGUGUAUUAGGUGCCGUUGAAAUCAUCCCAUCGUAAGAUUUACAUUCUGUAAAAUGUUUAUCCAUGUACAUUAGUCGAUCUGAAAGUCCCUUUUCAAGAUAUUUGCCAUUUUACUUUCAGAAGAGGAUGUGAACUUAAGACUUGAUCAUAUAUUAUGGUGGGAUUUGUUGCAGUGAAA